AUGAAGAAGCUGAAAGGAGAUGGUCUCCCAAGAUCGGUAGGUGCAAAAUGGGCAAAGUUGCGAAAGCUGGCAAACCAUGCCUACCAUGGAGAGAGCUUAAAGAGUAUGAUUCCAGCAAUGAUAGCUAGUACUGAAACAAUGCUAGAAAGGUGGGGAAAUCAUGAAGGCAAAGAGAUUGAUGUGUGUGAAGAAUUUAAGUUGCUAACAUCAGAAGUGAUUUCGAGGACAACAUUUGGCAGUAGCUACUUAGAAGGAUUAAGCAUUUUUGAGAAGUCAAUGAAGUUAUUUUCCUUUAUAUUCAAGAUGCCAUUCAAACUCAGGCUCCCUGGCAUCAGUAAGAUUUUCAAAACUAGCGAUGAGGUUGGAUCAGAGAAGCUUGAAAAAGAAAUAUGUGAUACCCUACUAGCUAUUGUUAAGAAACGAGAAAAGAAGGCAAUGACAACUGGAGGAGAAGGAAACAACUUUGGGAGUGACUUUCUAGGACUUCUGUUAAAGACUUGUCAUGAUUCGAGUGACAAAAACAGGAUUUCACUCGAGGAUUUGGUGAACGAGUGCAAGACAUUUUACUUUGCCGGACAAGAAAUCCUAGAUGUUCUUACUUGGACUAUCUUCCUUCUUGCACUCCAUACAGAUUGGCAACAGAAAGCCAGAAAGGAGGUCCUAGAAAUAUUUGACAAACAAGCUCCAAAUCCUAAUAGCAUUUUCAAGCUAAAAACUAUGAGUAUGAUCAUCAACGAGUCUCUAAGACUAUAUCCUCCCAUUGUUUCCAUAGUAAGGAAAGCUGACAAUGAAGUUAGACUAGGAAACCUCAUUGUCCCUGCUGAUGUUGAAUUGCUCAUCCCAAACCUAGCAUUCCAUCAUGAGCCACAAUAUUGGGGGCGAGAUGUACACCUAUUCAAACCGGAGCGAUUCUCAGAAGGGGUUGCCAGAGCUACAAUAACAGCAGAACCGCAUUCUUACCCUUUGGAAUGGGACCUCGAACGUGUGUGGGCUUCGACUUUGCGACAACGGAAGCAAAAAUUGUUCUGUCAAUGA